AUGGCUCCUUUCUCGGACCCACAAAUGCAUCAGCCCAUGGAUCAGUACUGGAAACAUGACCACGAUCCACAAUUCCUCUAUCGAGGCAGCCAAGAGGAUAUCGUAAAAGAGCUGGAAGCAUGGGUCGUCCACCGCAAGGAGGUUUACAAGGAGCGACUCCGCUCGCGCGGCCUACCUCCUCGCUACCCUCAAGUCCCGACGCAUCACCUGGCCGGAACUCCGGUGACAGCCCGAGGUCGACGACGGCGUCUGCUCUUUCCUGGGCACCUUGGACGGAGCGACGCCACGCUCGCCGUCUUGGAAGCCCGAGAGAAGGAAGAGCGGCUUCGGGCGAACGCGGCGGAGAUCUAA